AUGGCUGAUGUUGAGGUUACGAGAGAAGCGCGAACAAACUGGACAACACAUGCACGCGCGGCAAUCAGCAGAGCAUUAGCUGACGCACGCCAAUACGAAUUAGAUGCAGCGCGCCCAACCCUCAUUCCUCCCAAAAAAAAAAAGAGUGAUAACGAGGCAAGAAGGCACCACAAUCGAAAAAACGGAUCUCCGGGACUCGCCUGA